AUGUACACUGAUCAUCGGGGGAAUGAUGAUCAGUGUGGCCCCAGAAGUGCCACCUGUCAGUGUCUGUCAGUGCUGAACAGUGCCACGUGCUAGUGCCCAUCAAUGCCACAUAUCAGUGCCCAUCUGAGCUGCCUUUCAGUGUCACCUAUCAGUGCCAGUCAUUGCCGCCUAUCAGUGCCAGUCAGUGCCGCCUAUCAGUGCCCGUCAGUGCCGCCUAUCAGUGCUGCUUUUCAGUGCCCAUUAGUGAUGCCUGUCAAUGCCCAUCAGUGCCACCUACCAGUGCCUCCUCAUCAGUGCCACCUAUCAGUGUCCAUCAGUGCAGCCUAUCAGUGCCCAUCACUGCAGCCUCAUUAGCGCACAUCAGUGAAGGAGAAAAAUCACUUAUUUACAAAUUUUACAA